CCAAUGAAAAAGUGCGUUUUAUCCACGUAUGUACUUCCGUUGGCAAAUCAAGAUGGCAGCCUACAUACAGCUUGUUCUCCUCUGGGGAUUUAUAGCAUUGCUAACUGCUUCGGUGCUCGCCGAAACGAAAAAGAAAGAGGAGUCUCUUGGUGACAAAGUUCACCAGUUGAUGGAAUGGAACAACAAAAAGUCUAUAAUUCGGCUCAAUGGGGACAAGUUCAAGCAGUAUGUACGGACAGCCCCUCGUAACUAUUCUGUGGUGGUUAUGCUGACAGCCCUUCAACCCCAAAGAGGCUGCUCUGUUUGCAGACAAGCCAAUGAUGAGUAUCAGAUUCUGGCCAACUCGUGGCGGUACUCACAGCACUACUCCAACAAGCUUUUCUUCACGCUUGUUGAUUAUGAUGAGGGUUCUGAUAUAUUUCAAAGUAUGAAGCUGAACACUGCCCCAGUGUUCAUGCAUUUCCCUUCUAAGGGAAAACCAAAGAAGGGAGACACACUAGAUAUUCACAGAGUUGGUUUUGCUGCUGAACAAUUAGCUAAAUGGGUUGGAGAAAGGACUGAUGUCCAGAUUCGAGUGUUCCGCCCACCAAACUACUCUGGCACAGUGGCUCUGGCCCUACUCUUUGCUACGAUUGGUGGCCUGCUGUACUUCAAGAGGAACAACCUGGAAUUCUUGUAUAACAAAACCUCCUGGGGAAUUAUAGCUCUUGCUGUGAUAUUUGCCAUGACCUCCGGACAGAUGUGGAACCACAUCCGAGGACCACCUGUGAUGCACAGGAACCCAAACACCGGCCAGAUGCACUACAUUCAUGGGAGCAGCCAAGGCCAGUUCAUCAUGGAGACCUACAUCGUGAUGUUGCUGAACACGGCUGUGGUGGUAGGCUUCAUCAUGCUGAAUGAGGCUCAGAGCAUGAAGGGGGAUCCAAGCAAGAAAAGGAUUCUGUCCCUAGUGGGCCUUGGCUGUGUCACCAUCUUUUUCAGUCUGCUGCUGUCGGUGUUCAGGUCCAAGUACCAAGGAUAUCCCUACAGCUUUUUAUUCAAGUAGUCGUGUGUACAAGCAAGAUUGUUUCAUCGUCUUUACAAGUACCUUACGUUGAGUGCUACAACAUCUAACUUUACUGCAUUAUGUACGCAAACAUCUGUAAUGAAGUCUCCAUCGUAAAGUGAAAAGUCACAAGAUGCAAGGUUGGCUAGUUGCCGGUGAAACUGAAGUUCUGUUUUUUGCUUUUGUAAUUGUAAGUUUAUGUUUGUCUAACUGAUUAUCAAUUGUUUUAAUUUUAUGACAUGAUGGGGUAUAAGACCGAAAGGAGGAGGAGCGAUUCAAAACAGUGUCACAAUUUUUCCUUCAUUGUUGAAAAAAAUGUAUCCAAGGAUGUGGAAACGCACUAUGUGAUAGUUGUAGACAGAUAUAUGUGAAUGAUGUGUUAUGUGUCGUGUCAUUGUAUCAGCAUGACCUUUGUGCUCAGUGUUGAAAGUUGUGAUAUGUAAGUAUACCGCAGUAUCCAAAGUGGGAAGCAUUAAAUCAACUACCAAUUUCUGGAAGGGGGGGGGGGGUUGUUCUUUGAAGAAAAACAUUUUUAAUGUUCAUUGCAUUAACAUGAUGGGAAUACUCAACAUGGAUUAUACAAAGAGGAAUGUCCUAGAGAAUCUGUUGGCUGUAAAAACCAAACCAUACAGUGUCACUGUCAAAUCAGAAUAUUAUUUUUGACAAUCAGAAGAAAGUUCUUUUUAUGAUUUGUGCAUCAUCAUGGGCCUACAACAGUUUGUGUUUCUGGACAGUGCUUAUUGACUAUCGACUGCUUACACAAAAUUACAUUAGGAUUGACUGAUUGACCAAAAGUGAAGGCGUGUCACUCUUAAUUGCUUAAUUGUUGUGUGUGAAGUUUUGUUUUCUUUGGUGGCUGUACUUGGUACCGUAUCUCAAAUGUAGAUGUUUUUAUUGCUCAGGUUUUCAUCUAUCUUCUUUUAGAUUCAUUCAAUCUUAUGUUGCCAUGUUCUCUGCUACAAUUAAGCAGUUAUCUACUCUACUUUUUCGUCACUCUGACACAGAUCCUAAAAUCCAGAUUUCCCACAACUCUUUUGGCCCUUUUGAAUUAAGGCAGAUCUUUAUAAUUAUACCAGCAUGAAUGUUGUUUUAAUCUGUGAGACUGAGAUGUUUUUUCAGAUGAAUGCUUGAGCAUUCUUUGUGAUUACAAUGUUUUUGAAAGACAUGUAUAAUCAAAAGAAAAUGAGUAAGAGUCAUCAAAAGGUUUGCUUUACUGGAAGGACCAAUCUCAAUAUGUUUGCGAAUGUAUUUUUUUCUUGCCAUAGUGCUUUACAAGAUUGUUCGUUUGGAGAAUGGGUUUGCAAAUGUGUUUAAAUAUUUGAAGUUGUUGUACUUUGAAGUAUCAGUUGAUAAGUGUUGAUGUUUUAUCCAGUUAUUGUCCUUGUUCGAAUGAUUUCAAAUUAAAUUAGCAAGUGUUCAUUCAUUUCUUUCUUUUUUAUGUUGCUGCUGUUAUCCUCGUAAUCUUUCAGUUUUUUGUGUGCUUACCUUUCAUUGGUAAGAUAACUUAUUUUUAAAAUAUUUUGAUUUAUUGUUUUGGGUAUUGAUAAUAAAGGGAAAAACUGUU